AUGCCGAUCUUAAACAAUUCUACAGCUAACGAUACAGCUAUCGUUAAUUUCAGCAAAAUUCCCUAUUCACGACCAUGGUUCCGACAUCGAAAAUUCAAAAGCCAAGCUAUCGAGCAGGCUAUUAUUGAAGUUAGUAAGAAAAUGAAGGACAAAGAUUUAGCUACGUUGUUCGAAAAUUGUUGGUCCAAUUCUUUAGAUGAUUACGUUUUGUGGCAAGAUGAUUCAAAGGGCUAUCCACGAACUUUUAUUGUUCCAGGAAAAUUUGAGGUCCUUUAUAUUCGUGACUCGACCAAUCAGGUUGUUUCGUAUGCUCCUCUUGCCAAAGAUGACCCCGAACUUGCUAAAAUGAUACUUGGAGUAAUAAAUAUGCAAGCCGAAUAUUUAGCGAAGGAUAUUUAUUCCAACUCAUUUUUCCCGCCGCCCUCUUCUAAUUUACCCCGACCAAAUGAUCCUUGGGAAGAAAACGAUAAAAGUUAUCCGAAACCUUCUUCGGCCGUCUGGCAGGAGAAAUUUGCAGCCGAUAACCUUGCUGCUUUUUUAAAAUUAACUUAUCAUUACUGGAAGAAUACAAACGAUUCAUCCUUUAUGCAAAAUGAGCAUUGGGUUAAUGCUACUCAGCUUGCUAUAAACGUGUUUUCUGAACAAAUGCGUGGUACGAUGGAAGAAUUUGGUAAUGAAGCAUACUUAUUUACUAGACCAUCACGAAAUAGUAGUGAGACUCUAUUGCUAGGUGGAAGAGGGUCUAUUGCUAAAAGAACUGGGCUUGUUAAGUCACAUUUUCGUCCUUCUGACGAUGCAUCUUUCUAUCCAUUUGUCAUACCUACAAAUGCAAUGAUUUCGAUUGAAUUACUUCAUCUAAAAGAAAUAUUGGAUAAUACAGAUCCGGAAACAUUAUUCCAUACCUUAGAUCUAUCAUCUCAUAUUCUGAAUUUAUCACAUGAAAUUCGAACUGCAAUUUAUAAAUAUGCAGUUGUAAAACACGCAACUUUUGGGGAAGUUUUCGCAUAUGAAGUUAAUGGAUUUGGAUCAUUUAAUCUCAUGGAUGAUCCAAAUGUCCCGAGUUUAAUAAGUUUACCGUAUCUAGGUUUUAUCAAAGCUGAUGAUCCUUUAUAUAAAUCCACGCGUGCCUUAAUUAUGAGUCGAUGGAAUCCUUAUUGGUUUGAGGGGGAAUUUACAGGCGUUGGAAGCCUUCAUACAGGACUCGGUUAUAUAUGGCCACUUGGACUUACUAUGAAUGUUAUGACAUCGGAUAAUGACACGGAAAUUUUGGAGAAUCUUGAACUACUUAAAAAUGUUGGUGCUCAUACAGGGUAUCUAAGUCAAGCGUUUUGGUAUCAUGACACAGAGAAACAAUUACGAAGCGAGUUCGGAGCUGCAAAUUCUCUUUUCGGCGAAGCGAUUUUCAGGCUUGCUCGAGAUCGACCUCACGUUUUAUUUGAUGUACCGCCACCACCUUCGCCGUUGCCGCCUCCUUAUGAUUCGCAUCCUUACAAACCUCCUUCUAGUGGAAAACUUAUUACAUUGAUCCUUAUUGGAAUAACGAUAUUCUUUUGUGUCGUUUACUAUUUUUUCGCCCACCCAUUUCGAAGAGCUCUUAGAAAUCCGAUAAAAUUCGGUAAUUACCGACCUCUCUAA